CAUUGGCGGCGAUUCAGUGACGGACCAAACUUUUCUCUCUUCCUUCCCCAUUCCUCUAAAAAAAAAAAACACCCAAAAUGUCUCUCAUCACUAUUCAUCCUUCUUCUUCCUCUUGGUCUCCUUCUUGUCUCUCCAAAAACCUCCGAUACAAUCAGAAAAAUCUCAUCCCUAAUGUAGAGUUUCGUUCCAUGUCUAUCUUACGCCGUAAUCAUCGCCGUACCUUAAACACAAUCUCAGCUUGUCUUCGUCAAGACACAACAGUUUGGACACAAGCACCAUUAACAACGUUAACAAAAGCAGCUGAAGAUUUGUAUAAUAUAUCAAUUAAUGUUUCAGAUUCACCUCAUUUAAUCUCUUCAUAUACAAAACCAGGUCAAUAUAUACAAGUGAAAUUACCGGAGAUUGAGAAACCUUCUUUUCUAGCUAUUGCUUCUUCACCAUCUUCUACAUCAUCAAAUGGUGAAUUUCAAUUCUUAGUUAAGAGUAUUGAAGGUUCUAUUGCACAGCUUUUAUGUGGUUUGAAGAAAGGUGAUGUGGUUGAAUUGAGUUCUGUUAUGGGUAAAGGUUUUGAUGUUGCUCAGAUUUCACCUCCUGAGAAGUUUCCUUCUGUAUUCAUCUUUGCUACUGGAUCUGGAAUUAGUCCGGUCAGGUCCCUCAUAGAGUCAGGUUUCCCUGCCAAUAAACGACCAGACGUCUGGCUCUAUUACGGAGCUAGGAACCUUCAGAGAAUGGCUUAUCAGGAUAGGUUCAAGGAGUGGGAAGCCUCUGGUGUCAAGGUCGUGCCAGUAUUAUCACAGCCAGAAGAUAGAUGGGUCGGUGAACGUGGCUAUGUCCAGGCUGCUUUUGCUAGAGCCAAGCACAUCUUCAACCCUUUGUCUACUGGUUCAGUGCUCUGUGGGCAGAAACAAAUGGCUGAGGAAAUUACAUCUCUUCUUGUGGCUGAAGGAGUCUCCACAGAGAAAAUUUUGAAGAACUUUUAGUACAUCGAACUGCGUUGUUAAUAAUCAUCUGACAUCGUAGACAAAUUAAUUUUAUUCCAUCAGCUGUUUACAACCACUGUAGACAUCCAUUCAAUGUAGUGGCUGGAGUAAUCUUCAACAAGGCCAGUGUAUAUUGAUUUAAAUGUUGAAAAGGAGGUGGAGUGGGGAGCUCACUUAUAGCACCACAUCAUCAUAUUCUUUUUCCUUCAGAUAUCCACAAUUGUAUUAACUGUAUCACACCCUUUAUUAUUUUCUCCAUAUGAGUAAUUGGAGGAGUUUUUGAAGUUACCAUUUACUUAAUAAAGGCAAUGAGUAGCACAUUUGUGAAGUAUGUUUGCAGAUGCUCAUUGGAAUGUGUUCGACUAGCUAUGUAACUUUAGUUUCUACGAUUUUCAGAGAGCUGGUUUUUUUCCAA